CUGCCCAGCACGGACUCCCGGCAACUCCGCGAAAGACAAGGGUCCCGGCAGCGACUAUGGGCGGUGAGAGCUUGCUCCUGCUGCAGUUGCGGUCAUCAUGACCACGCCCGCCUCCCGCAGACCAUGUUCCAUGUUUCUUUUAGGUAUAUCUUUGGAAUUCCUCCCCUGAUCCUUGUUCUGUUGCCAGUAACAUCAUCUGAUUGUGAUAUUGAAGGUAAAGACGGCAGAGAGUAUCAGCACGUUCUGAUGAUCAGCAUCAAUGACUUGGACACUAUGAUAAAAAAUCGUACCAAUUGCCCGAAUAAUGAACCUAAAGUUUUCAAAAAACAUGCAUGUGAUGAUAAUAAGGAAGGUGUGUUUUUAUAUCGUGCUGCUCGCAAGUUGAAGCAGUUUGUUAAAGUGAAUAACAGUGAGGAUUUUAAUCUCCACUUAUCAAGAGUUUCACAGGGCACAUUACAAUUGUUGAACUGUACCCCCAAGGAAGACAAUAAAUCUGUAAAGGAACAGAGAAAACAGAAGAGCUUGUGUUCCCUAGGGAUACUACUACAAAAGAUAAAAACUUGUUGGAAUAAAAUUUUGAGGGGCUCCAAAGAACAUUGAAAAAUAUGGAGUGGCAAUAUAAAGACAUAUGAACUUCAGUUGUAUCCUUCAAGAAUCUAUCUUCUCAUACAGUUCUGGGGGGGGUGGUUAGAAUACCCUAGAAGUUACAGAAUGCAUCCUGGUAAAAGCGGAUUAGAGCAAUUGAGAAAUUCCUACCAUAGUACUAGAAGAUGGAUAUAAACAGUGGAAACCAAAGGCUGCAAUCGACAAACCUUCAUAUAUUUUUGGACAUAAAUCAAUCGGUAUUCUGUGAUUUUUGUAAGACAAUCCAAGUAAGGUAUUAGUUGCAAUAAUAUGUUUUAAACCCGUUUUAAAAUUUCAGAAGAAGACAUAUAAAAUCUGUGAGGUAUAUAAAGGUUGCAGGAAUUAAAAAUUAACAUUGCUUUAUUAUCAAAAUAAUUUUAUGCACCAGCAUACUACGAUGAGAGUGAAAAUUGUCGUCUUCUGUGCUGGAAAUGUUUCAGAGUUAACAGAUGUGGGUAAUGCCAAUGAGAGUAAGAGUUAAAUACCUUAAAGAAACAGCGGUAUGAAGGAGUCCAAGAUACUUAAGAGAGAUUAAGACAUGUAAUUAAACUUGAAUGCAUAAGACAGUGUCUUCAUUAAUGGUAUAGCAAAUGUUUUAAGAUGACCAUAAAGAAUGAUUUCACAAAAUAGAAAGUCACCUGUUCUAAGGAUGCUAAACCAUAAUACUGAGUUACUUUUGUCAUUUAUGUGUAAUAAAAUUUGUCUAAAUGAGUUUGCAAUUUGGGAAGCAUAUUUUUAACAGAAUAAUAUAUGUUGUCCUUUAAUUAAUGGAAUGUAUAUUUAAUUUUGACACUGUAUUUGUAUUAUAUAAAAAUAUUUUCAUACAGUAUUACAAACAAAUUGCUGACUUUGGAUAACAUUUCUCCUUUGAUAAUAAAUGACCUAUGUAGUAACACUGUCAGAUUCACUUCAUGAAUUUUUAAGAAUUUUUAAGACAAGAUUUUUAAUACUGCACUACUACUUGAUCUCUCACUGUCAUUGAAUGUGUGACUUUUAAAACCUUAUUAAUAUUCAGAAUGUAAAUGAGACCAAAACUAUAUAAGAACAGGAACAUUACUUUCUGUUAAAUUUUAAUCUUUUAAAAGAGACUUUUGUAUAUACCAGAUCCAGUUUAGAAAGGUCUGUCAACAGUCUUCACUUACUUACAAAGGGAAAUAAAAACCCUAGUCAAGACAGGUCAGAGUCUUCCUGCAGUCACUCAACUCACAUCCUUCCUGCUCUUGGACACUUUCAUCAGCACCUGACUGGCUUGAUUUGAGCUUCAGGUGAUGCACUGUGUGGUGGGGAAGACCUUCCUCUCAGUCCAUGUUUAUGUCUCACUCUCC